AUGAAAUUGAGCAUAAAUUUCAGUUUGUAUAAUGGAACAUUUAAAAAAACAGAAGUUGACAUUCUUGAAAUAGAAAAAGCUAAAAUAGUCUUAAGAAAAUCUGGAUCCAUUUUCUCACUAAAAGAUAUUAUAUAAUAUUUGUUAUCUUUCCCUAACAUUAAGUAGCUAAUAAUAGAUUUAACUCAUUUGAAAUAUAACUCUAAUUUAUUAGAUUAUGAAGAUGCUGUAGAAUUAUUGAAGCCUUUGGAAAAGAUUGAAGAUAUCUAAAUUAUGCAAUACAAAUUUAAUAUUUGCAAAAAAAAAUAGGAAAUUUUUAUUCAAUAAAUUAUAUCAACACAGAAAUAGAAAGUAGAGGAUAUAGAAAAAAAAAAUGGGUUAAAGGUGGUUUAAUCAAUUAAUAGAGUUAUUGAUCUUACAAACAAAAAUAAUGUGAAUAAAGAAUUACUUAAAUAAUGCACUUCAAAUGUUGAACUGCUGGAUAAGCCAAGAGUCAUUAGACUCUUUGGUAACCCCUCCUUUUUCAAAGGGACAAAGACUUUAUUAGAAAAAUUUAAAAAGAUAAACACGUUAUUUGUAUAAUUUGAUGGCUAAAUAGAAGAAAAAAAUUUAUUAGAAAAAUUAGAGGGAUUCAGAUAAAUGUCUGAAUAAAUUAAUUAACUAAAGCACUUUGAGGUGCUAGAUAAAUCUUUGUUUAUAGAAAGACACAAUUUGUUGAUUAGAAUACUUUUAGAAAAGCAUUAAAAUUUUAAAGUGACUUAUUAAAAAAGUAAUUCCUUUCUACAAUAUAUCCCUUCAUCGAAGUAUCUUAAAAUUCAUAGCACUGAAACUAAUUCAGUAUCUUAAAGUGAAUUAUAAGAAUAUAAUUUCCAAAUAUCACUUGCACGAAAUUUAUUUGCAAUUUUACUGAAGAAAAAGAAAUAGACUUCUCUCCUUUAUAUCACAAAAAUGAGUUGCAUAAAAUCAAGUUCUUUUAUGUAUAAUAUAUACCUCCUUUAGGAAAGUAACUCUACUUCAAAUCUCUAAAAAGCCUAUGCGAUCAUCCUACUUGCACGGUGA